CAUACACCGGAGGGGCCUAGUGUUGUACAAAGUUGGUUUUACAGAAAGGAAUAAUAUAUCCGGACACCUAUACUUGCCAUCCACGCAUGUGAGAGCCCUCAUCGGACACGAGGGAUAAUCUUCCAUCUUGUAUCUUGACGGCCCAUCAGUCCGGCCCACAUCAAUAGACCGGACGCCCGAGGACCCCCUAAUCCAGGACUCCCACAGUAGCCCCUGAACCAGUCUUCAAUCAUGAUAUAUUCGGCGCUCAGAUUGUCUUCGGCAUUGCAAGGCGGGUUCCUUUAAAGAAUACACAUCGGCUAUCCUCAAUAAAAGAAUUAAAUCCGGCUUUUCGCAAUAAACACAACCCUUACCCGCGAAGGCAGGAUAUAUAGAAAACGAGAACAACGUCUUUUAUGGACAACUCUCUCAACGAAGCGUCUAACUCGAAACCCGUCAUUUUGAACCGUUUUCAUGCCCCGCAUUCCGUGCUUCAACGUCACGCCUCAUUGGCACGUCUUGUCAAAACAGAGAUCGUGUCCACUUAAUACGGGAUUGCAUAUCAAUGACAUUUGGGUAAUCCAACCAUUUGCGGCGCACACAUCCAUUGGGAAUAGGCGAGAUUCAAGGCACGAGUGGGGGGCGGUUGGUAUUUUUACUGCAUAUAAGAGGGCUAGGGUCCCCCACUUUCCUCCCCACGCCUUCAUAUCUUCUCAGUCUUCCAAUCUCCCAAGCCCUUCUGUGCUUGCAAAGUCUCCAUCUUUCUCACCACCACCACCACCUACUCCGACCAUGGCCGGAGCUGGCUCCAAGGGCAAGUGGGAGGCCUCCUCCAUGAUGGAGGAGAACAUAGCAGAUCUUCAGAGUGUCGGGUACCUCACUACCGACAUCAAGCACCGGCUUCCCUCUGAAGGUCUAGUCCUUCCCACUCCGGAGCCCGGCGAACGGGUUGUCUUCCUUCCCCAUUCCUUAGAGGGUUAGGUUUCCCACUCCACCAGUUCGUCUGCGGACUUAUGUACUACUACGGGCUAGAUUUCCACGAUCUAGCCCCAAACUUCUUUCUUCACAUAUCGACGUUCAUAGUCAUGUGUGAGGCCUCCUCCGCGUCCGGCCACACUUCGGCUUAUGGCUCAAGGUCUUCAACGUGAAGCCGAAGGUGGUCGAUGGGCAGCACGCAGACUGUAGCGGGGCUAUGAUUAGCAAGCUGCCGAACACCACUUGGCCCAAGGAGGCCUUCGUGGAAACCGUGAAGAUCUGGCAAUAGGAGUGGUUCUACAUCACCGAGCCACGCCGCCCCAACUGGGCGGCCAUUCCGAAGUUCAGAUCCGGACCCCCCAUGAGGCUCACUUCCUGGAGCGAGAAGGGCAUGGACUGGGGGUCCCAGACGGAGGUGCUGGUGCUCCAAACGCACAUCACCAACGUGUUGGGAAAGAAUGUUGGUCUAGCCAACAUGAUACAGAUCAUGCUUUUCCACCACAUUCUCCCCUGCCAGCGCCGGGCUUCCCCUAUGUGGGAAUUCAAGCCGGAGGAUCCGCGGACGCGACAACACUUCUUUGACACUACACACGAAGGGAUGUGGAAGCUGCUUUUUAAGGCACGGAAGAGCAGCUGACCCAUGGAAACCGAAGACAUCGACAUCAACCUCGCGUAUCCGGCCUCUCCAGGUUGGACCAAGAAGUCGGAGCGGAUCAAGUGUCUGGCUCUGUUGCCCGAAAACCUAGUUACUCCUCAGCUGGAGAAGAUGCUAGUUCCGGCGCCUUAUCAGCCACCGGAGAAGAAGGCCAAGAAGAAGAGCAAGGGGCCCAAGAACGGGCCCUGCCGCAAGGCCCCUCCGGCUACAGUGUCCGGAGAGGUCGAGCCCGUCUCCUCUUGCGAGGAAGAUGAAGACGAAGAAGAGGAGGAGGAGGAUGAGGAGGAGGUGGAGAGCGACUCCCCUCUCAGGACGAGGAGGGGGAAAGGACAGCCCCUGGGGCCUAGAACGGGUGACACCGAAGAAAGGGCGAGUGGUCCUCUCGGACAGUUCGGACACAGAGUCCAAACACAGUCUGGGGCGGGCCCAAAGGGAGAAGCCCCUGGUCGAGACCCCUACACGCGAGAUCCCGAUCCCCUCUUCUUCGACGGGGAACUCUUUAGCCACCGGGAAGGCAGAGAGUGAUGGACCAUCUCGCGCCCUUUCUCCUCCCGCCAUGGAGGACACCGAGGUGUCAUCCCAAAGGCCAUCUCCUGGUCAAGGAUGGGUGGACGAGACACUCCGAAAGUCGCCCGAGGACAACACCUCGGGCGUUGCAGAGCGGGGCACGGAGAUCCCCACAACCAUUGAGGGUGAAGGAUUUCAGCAGUCCGGACCCUCGCCGAACACCGUCCCGGAGACCAGUACGGCACCAUGAUGAGGACAUCAAUACCAUUGUUACACCCACACCCCCUGCUGCUAUACAUACUGGACCAAUUACUAGAGCUGGCGCACGCCAACUAAAUUACCAGGUACUUUCGUUUCUUGGUAAUGAUUCUAAUGUUCAUGAGAAUAUGAUGCUGCCUAAAUUGGAUACAUUUGUUUUGCUUACAAAUGAAGGGCCUAGCUUGGAGAAGGAUGCACAUUGGAGCAAGAACAAGCAUGGAGAUGAUGGCAUGCACAAGGGGAACAAGAACGGAGUUACAAGUGAUGAUUUCAGGGCUUUGAAGCCACCAUAACGAGUGCAUGAAGCCUUGGACGAAAUAUACAAGAUGCCACUUCAUAAAUUUCGUCCAGAGGCUAUUCUAGGUGCUGCGUCACCUUGUUAUCGGGCCAGGCCCAUUUAAUUUCGAAAUACAUAAGUAUAGGCUAUAUUUAGAGUCUGUAUGUGUGGGGAAACAAGAGAUAGGGUUGGUUUCGGACCCCUCCACCAAGAGCCACGACCCCCCCCCC